UUUGACUGGUUGGAUAAAGAUCAUGUCCACUGGAGUUAGAGGAAAGGUUCUUCUGAAAUAUUUUCCUGGUAAUUUCCUCCUAACAAGACGACAUGGAACAGUACCUCUUCAUGGAGCCAUCCAGCAGCUCUCGUGGUUACUAGGGAUAUGGGAGUCUGAGACAGCCAAGGGAUUCUUUCCAACAAUCAAACAAUUUGAAUACAAAGAGACAUUGGAGUUUACUCAUGUUGGACAACCUAUUCUGAAUUUCAGGUCGAGAGCUUUCAGUAUACCUGAAAAUGAACCAAAGCAUGCAGAGAAUGGUUUUCUGAGGAUUAAUAUUGAGAAAAAUCUUGUUUCUUUUAUGGUAGCUAUGAACAUUGGCAUUGUUGAGAUAUCGGAAGGGAAAUUAGUUGACUCUGAGCUCCAUCUUGAAUCCAUAGGACUGCAUCACAUGUCUCAUACAAGUCUACCCAUCACUACAAAGGUAACUCGGACAUUCAAUCUGAUUGAUAACGCGACACUGGAACAAAACGUUUCCAUGGCAACAGUCUCAACACCAACGUUGACACCUCACCUGAGCGUUAGAUACAAAAAAGUACUGAAAUAGGAAUACUUUUAACAAAAACAAUAUCUAUUGCGAGAACUAUAUAACUUGAGCUUGUGAUGGAUGGACUUUAUCUGAGGCUACACACACACACCAUUUGAACCCUAAUGAAUCACUUGUACCAACCUUUAGGGGUGUAAUCUUGCACCCUAAGUGGCGAAAGGUGAAAAAAUGCACCUUUUUAUCAUUAAAUGCACCAAGAAAUGCUCGCUCGCACCCUAAUAGGUGCAAAUGUGAACCUGUUAAGGUGCAUAGUACCUGACAUUAAAAAGGGUUCAAAUUUGAACCUUUAUCACAUUGUUCAAUUUCGCACCCUAUAGGGUAAUCUAAAUGUACCUUCAAAUGAGCAUAAUUACACUCAUUAGCACCCCUUUGGGUGCAGCUAUUGUACCAACCCGGAGGGUUCAAAUUUGAUUCCUAUUUCUUAGUGUGCAAAAUAACUUUAAGUUCUAUAAUCAUUAUCGUUAUUACAAUUAUUAUCUAAAUUACUUCCAUUUUGUUGUUGUUGCUUAUUCGCUUUAUUUUGGUAUUUUGUAGAUUAUGUUUUUAAGUUCGUUUUCCGUCCGUCUCUUGUAUAUAGGUUAUGUGAAUUAGCAUUGGAACUAAGUUUAGGGACUUGCCUUUUUUACAAGUUCUGUUUUCUUGGCAAGUCCCUCCGUUUAUUUAAUUUAUCUUCAAUAUUUGUUAUGAAAUGUCAUAGAACUGUGUGUAUUAUUUUGAGUUUGUAUUAUUUUGGACAUGUAUUUACACUGUUACUUCGAUUAUAUCAUUUUUUGAACUGAAAUAGAUAAAUCUAAAUCCCCGGGGGGCACUUCCAUUCACGAGUGGAUACCAUGCGCGACCAUGGGGUUUCGAAAAGCACCC